AUGUUUACUAAUGCAAUCUAUCCUACAUUCUGUCUCCCUGACGAUCCGGCCAGCAUUUAUAUUUACCAGAACGAUAUUGACACACCAGAUAAACUCAUUGCCACUGUUUUCAACGACAACAGCCUUUUCCAAGAACAUAUUUUAACAACGCCACUUCCAAAAUUACGAAUCAUAUCCAUACACUCCAAAUCGUCAAUCACGCCACUGCAAAUCUCAAGGGAUGCUCUCCAGGCGCUCAAGAACACCUAUAAAAUUGGAGAUGAAUUAUGGGACCUGACUUCUACAUUUGGAGACAAGCCUAUGAGUGCAGCUGUAGGUGAAGGAGCAAUGAAAGUCCAAAGUGGUGAGAAUGGUAUUCAAGAUCUCUCUUACAGACUCAGCUUUCCAACGCCGGUGGGAGUUCAGAAUUGGACUAUGCGCCAAAUGGCUGUUUUUCACCAGCAUGAUCCUACUGGUCUUCAAAAUCUCUGGAUCUUCUUUCAUGUCGGUCGUAAUACACCCAUGCAGAAAGAAAUUGAGCAAUAUGCCUCACUGUCCCAGCAAGGACUACGCUCAGAUCAUGCAUGGCUUACACUUCAUUCUUCCGUUUUCUUGUCUUGCCUACAUAAUUGGCGCUCCUAUGUUAACAGCCUAGGUCAUGACGUGGAUAGACAUACUGAUAAAGCCCUGGACUUUAUCUUGAGAAACAUCGAUCACUUUUUGACCGCCGGAGGUGACAGCAACUUGACAGCAAUCCACAACACACGCGACCUUCUCUUACCCACUUCAUACAGAUUGAGGGUAAUAUUAGACACACUCACGAAAUUAGGUCAUUUGAGCAGUGUUUUGAGUUCGCAGCAUAACGGCGCAGACAAUGGCUUUCAAAAACUUGUCACUUGCGUGGCAUACCACAAAGAUCGUCUAGAGGGGUGUGUUGUUGGAGUAGAAGUUCUAAAGGAGAAGGUCAAGGAUAUCUUGAACAUGACUACAUUAGGGUUAGAUUUCAGGAUGACCCACCAAAUGCUCGACCUCAACAACCGAAUGGUUGAAUUAAACGACCGCAUGCUUAGUGCCAAUGAACAACUACUUCAACUUGGAAACAAUAACUUCGUCGACAAUGCCACGGUCAAGGUAGUCACUAUUCUGACGCUUAUAUACUUACCUGCAAGCCUUGUGUCGUCUAUCUUCGGGAUGAACUUGUUCAAGUUCGACGAUGGGACAACCGAUGAAUUCAGAAUAUCUAAGGAAUUCUGGAUCUAUAUUGUUGCUACAAUUAUCUUGGCAAUCAUUACAAUCAGCAUAUGGUAUCUAUGGACUCACAAAGAGCAGGUUAGAAGGCGCAAUUUCCACUUUCUGAAGCGCGGGAUACCACAGGAGGCUGAGGAAGAUGCUGAGUGA